AUUUGUCGCUCUCUCUGGUAGUAGUGCCGCCGCCCUUGUGCUUUGAGGUAGAAGUCCGGUUUAUUGGCUUUUUUACUGACUGGGGGAGAUAUGGAGGCCUCCAGCAUCAUCCUGAGCCACCAUGGCGACUGGCAGACAGGCAGAUACUGUUAACGUGAUUUCCGCAGAAUACUACGUUUCAAAGUUUUUUUUUGUGGAGGAUCAAAUUCCAGCCGCCGUCACAAAUGUGGCAGAUUCCAGUAUAUUUUACAUUAUCCGUAUUUCACUGUAAAAGAUUAUUAUACUUUUCAAAAGUACCGGUGCAGACCUGAGCAGUGCUAGUCUAACUUACUGUGGUUACUUGGUGAUCACACAACAGACCCUUUAUCAGCGUUGGUAGCCAUACUAAGCAGCGCUCACACUUUGUAGCAUUUCAUCACAACCAUGAGCGUGGAGCCUCUGAACGAUAACUUGAUCCAAAAAGAGGACUGGUCCACAGCCACAAUGACAGAAAGUGAAAAACCUUUAGAAAAAACAUUUGACUGUGAAGCUUUGGAGGAUCAAAACUGCCAGCAUCAUGUGGACAUGGAGAUGCACUCAAAUGGCUCCAAUGGAAAUGAUUCCAGUGGAAAUGACUGCCAUGGACAUGAGUCCAGUGGGACAGAUUCACACGUUAACGAGCCCAGUCGAAGAGCAAACUGCGCUUUUAGAAGACCAAGCAAAUCCACAGGAAGCAGCAACAACAGUGAACAAACGGACAGAACUCGGUCUCACAAGGAAUUAAUGAGCAUGGUGCAGGAAAUGAAGAGAAGACUGACACAUGAAAAAUUUAACCGUAGCAAGCCCAGCACUGUCGAUGCUCUCAACUACGCCUUGAAAUGUGUUAGACAAGUACAAGCAAACAGUGCAUUUUUCGAGGCUCUCAGUGAUAGUGGAACAUGUCGAAUGGAUCCAGCUGUACACACAGUUGAGGACUUGGAGACAAUAACAUCUGAACACCCACCAAAGAAUACAGAUACCUUUGUAAUCGUUUUUUCGCUAACCUCUGGGAAAAUGGUGUAUAUCUCCGAACAAGCAGCUUACAUCCUGAAUUGUAAGAAGAAGCUGCUGGACUCCUCUAGGUUUGUGGAACUCCUGGCCCCUCAGGAUGUCCGUGUAUUCUACAAGCACACAACGCCGUCUCAUCUGCUACCCUGGAAUGUAGGAGCAGAGACAGCCUCACUAUAUGAAUACACUCAAGUGAAAUCAUUUUUCUGCAGAAUAAGAGGAGGAAAGGAUCGGGAACAUGACAUCCGGUAUAAUCCAUACAGAAUGACCCCAUAUUCUGUCAAGGUGCGCAGUGCUGAUAAUGCUGAGCCAGAGCCAUGCUGCCUUGCCUUGGUAGAAAAGAUCCACUCGGGUUAUGAAGCUCCCAGAAUCCCUUUGGACAAAAGAAUAUUUACAACUACUCACACGCCGGGCUGUGUUUUUCUUGAAGUUGAUGAUCGAGCUGUACCUUUAUUGGGCUACUUGCCACAAGACUUGGUUGGAACGUCUCUCCUGAUGUAUUUGCACCCAGAGGAUCGUCCUUUAAUGCUAGCAAUGCAUAAAAAAGUUUUGAAGUAUGCUGGACAGCCUCCAUUUGAGCACUCUCCUAUCAGGUUCUGCACUCAAAAUGGGGACUAUAUAACACUGGACACUAGCUGGUCAAGCUUUGUCAAUCCGUGGAGCAGAAAGGUGGCGUUUAUCAUUGGUCGACAUAAAGUCAGAACGGGACCGCUUAAUGAAGAUGUUUUUGCUGCGCCGAGCAAAGAAAUUCUCAGUGUUGAUAAGGAGAUAAAAGAAUUGCAAGGCCAGAUUUACAAGGUCUUUUUGCAACCUGUUCAUAAUAAUGGUUCCAGUGGAUAUGGAAGCUUAGGAAGCAAUGGCUCUUAUGAGCAUUACAUCAGCAUAGCGUCAUCCAGUGAUUCAAAUGGAAAUUGUGUGGAUGAAACCCAAAAAGAACCGAUGUCAUUAAAACAAGUGUGUACGGACAUUAAUCGUAUUAAAAAUAUUGGUCAGCAAGUGUAUAUUGAAACACGAAGCAAGCCACAGCCCAAGAAAAAGGACCAACCCAAGAAAGAUCUAAACAGAGCAAAGCCCAAUACAUUUGUAAAGCCACAGCAAGAAAAUACUACAACAGAUGGGCAAGCAACAUCCACCUGUGAUGCAUCAAGGAAGGGGCAACACAUGCCAUCAUACCAGCAAAUCAACUGUGUGGACAGUAUAAUUCGGUAUCUGGAGAGCUACAACAUCCCAGCACUGAAGAGGAAAUGUCGAUCCUCUACAAACACAGCGUCUUCAUCUUCUGAAGACGACAAGCAGGGUCUGCAAGGGCCAAUUGAGCUGGAGGCUUUAGAAGAUGUUCCUGAAAUAACAGCGCCCAUCGACACAAGACCGUUAUCAGCAGAAUCAAUGGUGACGGCAGAUGCUCAGACAACAGCAGCUGUGGUUGGAGCUCCUCUGACGGAUUUGACUCUUUCUAUCAAGGCCAUGAGUGUGGUCUCUGUCACCAGUCAAUGUAGCUUCAGCAGUACCAUUGUUCAUGUUCCACAGCCUGAGUCAGAAGUUCUUGCCCUAGAAGAUGCUGCUGGCGGGAUUGAGCAAAUAGAAAUGAAGUCUUCACAAGCACCUGGUUCCGCUGUUGCUCCUGAAGAAUUUAAGCAGAUUGGCUUAACAAAGGAAGUUUUAUCUGCGCACACACAGAAAGAAGAGCAGGAAUAUGUCGAUAGAUUUCAGCAAAGGAUUCUCCAGUCUCCGUAUAGCAGCUACCUCCAACAAGACGGCAGAAGUAAAGGCUGUUCUCAUGAGCAAGGUGAACAUUCUUCACAACCGACUGCUCCUGCUGCUUGGAAAAAAGGAAAGAAACAAGCAAAACACAAGCGACAGAAACCCAUGGAAUCCUCUGACAGUAAUGGUUCUCAUCCAAAUUUACCCCCCCGGCCAAGAAGGUCAGGGCCUCUUCCACCGUCUUGGCCACCAUCUGAAGUAUCUCAUCCAAGCCCCUCAAGUAUGGGCUUUCCCCCUCCAGUGAUGAUUCCUAUCCAGCCAGCUUAUCCCAUGCCUGGAUUUCCACUCCCACAGAUGCCACCAGUAACAGGCAACAAUGUAGCUUCAUCUAUAGCACCUACUCCUCAGCAAUCAAAUAUGUCUUACAAUCUGCCUGCUUAUCCAGGAUUUGCUUCUCCAUAUAUGGGAACAUUCAUGGCAGUCCUUCUCCCAAAUUACAAUAUGUAUCCCCAAAUGAACCCACAGAUACCCCCACAGAUACCUCCACCUUUUUUCCCCACUCAUUUUCCUUGUUCACCUUCCUAUCCAUAUGCUGAAAUGUCCAGUGCUCCACAAAGCAUGCCUUCUCAGGUACCCACAGACUUUGUUGACCCAACCUCUCGAGCAUCUUCUCCUAUGUCAGCAGAAGAGCAAGAGGCUCAAAGUGAAGAUCCACAAAUGUUUAGCAAUUCAAGGAGCAGCUCUCCGCUUCAGCUUGUUCUUCUUCAGGAAGAGUUACCCAAGCCUAUGGAGCAAGAAGAGGGAACCAACGAGGAGAGCCAAGUGGAUAUAAAAUGUGCAGCAGAGGAUAGUGGGAACAAUGACAGCCACUCUGCUUCUAGUGAACUUUUUGACCUUUUACUCCAAGAAGAUUCCCAGUCUGGCACUGGAUCUGCAGCAUCUGGACGUGGAUCAGCAAAUUCCAGUUCUUUAAGAUCUGGCUCCAACGGUUCUACCUCAAACGGGACAUCUGGAAGUGGUAUAGGGAGUAGCAACAGUAGCAACUAUUUUGCCAGCAAGUCAUCUGAUACCUCCAAGAAAGGCCAUAAACGUCAGGAUGUUGUGGAGGAUGAUUUCUCCAAAGCUCCCAGGGACUCUAUUUGGACUAUGAUUGAGCGCACACCUACACCUAUUAUGAUGACCUAUCAGGUACCUAAAAGGGAUAAAGAAGCUUUACUGAAAGAGGACUUGGAAAAACUGACAGCAAUGCGCAACAAGCAGCCGUGGUUCACUGAAGAGCAGAAGGAAGAACUUGCUGAAGUGCAUUCUUGGAUUCGUAAUCGAACUAUUCCACAAGAAAUUGAUACUCAAGGAUGUGUCACAUGUUCCGCAUCAGUGGAGCCUUUCACACAGAUGAAAGAUGUCAGCCCAGGAGAGGACACAGCCGAUAGCAUUGAACAGCUGCCGUGUCCUUCUAACAGCCCAGGUAUCUCAGGAGACACCACAAACUUACAAACAUGACUUUCAUGUACUUUUCAUAUGAAUUUGUUCAAAAACGAUUUAUGCCGUUUUCCUUUGUACAAGUCGAGGCAGAAACCUGCUCUCCUCUGAUACCUUCGGAGGAAAUCGCAUUUUUCAUUGUCUUUUUAAAGAGAAACUUUGUGCCAAGACUUAACAUCUCUGGUUUCGUGAAGGAUUCUUUUCCCAGAUAAAAACAUUUGUUCCAUCCCUGGAGUUCUUCUUUGGAAUAUGUCCAACACUUUCAGACCAUGAGGAUAACGAGCGUGUUUCCCGGUUCCGUAAUAUCCAGCUGCAUUUCUUGUGCACAUUUCUGUUUUAUCCGGCUGUAAAUACGGACCAAUGUGAAAUAAAUAAUAGAAAUGAGUUGUUUAAAUAAGAUUGUUUUUUGUAAAUGUACCAGCUGAUAAAACAACGAUUCUUUAGGAAUAAA